AUGGCCUCAAUUAUCGCCCCUCAGAUUGCCUUCCGUGCCGCCCGUGUUGCGCCUCGUCCUGCCUCAUGGGCCAGUUUUGCUGCCUUAGCCCGUACUCAGCCGGCCCUCCGUCGGACAUUCGCGGCUUCUGCCCAGGAACAGCCGCGGCUGCGUCUGGGCUCAACUGCCCCCAAUUUCAAAGCAGUGACCACCAAGGGAGAAAUUGACUUCCACGAGUUCAUCGGAAACAAUUGGGCCAUCCUCUUUUCCCACCCAGCCGACUUCACCCCGGUCUGUACAACGGAAUUGGGUGCCUUUGCGAAGCUGAAGAAUGAAUUCGAGAAGCGUGGCGUGAAGAUGAUUGGUCUGAGCGCCAAUGACAUCGGAUCCCACGGCGAAUGGAUCAAGGAUAUCAACGAGGUCGCCUCUACCGACGUGCAGUUCCCUAUCAUUGCCGACGCGGACCGCAAGGUGGCUUUCCUUUACGAUAUGAUUGACCAGCAGGAUUUGGACAACAUUAGCGAAAAGGGCAUCGCGUUCACUAUCCGCUCCGUUUUCAUCAUCGACCCCAGCAAGAAGAUCCGUCUGACUAUGAUGUACCCUGCUUCGACUGGCCGCAACUCCGCUGAGGUUUUGCGUGUCAUUGACUCUUUGCAGACAGGCGAUAAGAAGGGAGUCACCACCCCGAUUGACUGGCAAGUGGGCGACGACGUGAUCGUUCCCCCAUCGGUCUCGACUCCUGACGCGAAGAAGAAGUUUGGCGAGAUUCGAGAGGUCAAGCCUUACCUGCGCUACACCAAAUUUUAG